AAGGACAAAUCUAACCGAGUGACGUCAAAUGGAAGCAGUUCCCUUUGAAACUGAGAAAAAAGCAGACUGCGUGAGCUUGCGUCUUUGUGAAAAAGAAGAUUGCUCAAUUCUAUAUGCAUAAAUUGAAAAUUUGACUCGAAUGGGGAAAAUAACUACCUAUGUUGUUUCGCGAAGCAAUUAACCAAGUGCCGGGGAACUGAACAGCUGUUUCAAGGAGUUUGUUUAUUAAUCUAAUCGCAAAAUUAAUGCGUCAAAUAUAAAGUUUCAUCGGCUGGCUGGGAAGUUGAAUAAUAUUGCUGAGCUGUGAUUUCAGCCGGGGAUUUGAGUCGAUCUCUAGUUUUUUUUUCUGAUCGAGGAUACAUAUCAAAUUUCGUCGAUUCAUCAAGUGAAAGGCUGACUCGUUGAUUUUAUCACAAGCUGCCAAAGGAACUGUUUGCGUCGGCGAUUUCUCGAUCAGCUGUUGUUAGCUUGACAGGUCAAUUUGGGAACACUUGAUGAUCGAAGAGCAUAGCGAGUUUUCAGAAGUACAAGUCAGUUAGGCUAAAUGUCUUCAACGACCAUCUCAAGGCCUUUGAUCGGACAGGCAGCUGACGAUCUUGAAAAUGAUGGAGACACAGAAGAAAGCGGAUCCUCCGAUGAUAUCAAAGAAAAUCCUCCAUCGGACAGCGAGCAGACGGGAUCCCACGAUAAAGAACCGCUCUCAAUGAAACGCCGCAUUGCUUUUGUUGGCGCUCUUCUUCUCUGUGUAUUCACAGUAUUUGCCUUUGCUUUCUUGCUACCGUGUCAUAAACCAAAGUGCCAGAAAUUGCCAUCUUGUCCCGGCACAAGAGAUCUGUCAUCUAUUAACUGGACUGAGAAAUUUAGUGGCAUUACCCCAGGGAGAAUUUCUUUGGUUGAUGUGACAGGAGAUGGUAGGACAGACAUUUUAGUCGAGUUUGAAAUAGAGGAAAAAGAGUCCGUGAAUUCUUCAUUCCUGAACAGGCUUUGUAAGAGUAAAAAUUGCUAUGGAAGUGGUGUUUUGGCCAUAGAUGGCUCAUGUGGGAACACCCUCUGGAUUCUUAGCCGCAAUUCAUCUUUUGGGCUACUAGCUUGUGAAAGAAUGUCUGAUGGUCAAAGCAGUAACAGACAUUGCUUGUUGCCUGAAGAGAAAAUUAAACUUCUUCUCUUCAAUGUGAGUAAUGGAACUGCCAAAUGGCAGUCUAAGUCACCAUCAAGUGAGAAAAUUUCAUCAUUUGAAUUUGCUAAUGAUGUCAAUGGGGACAACACGAGAGACAUUGUAUUCGUAGAUGAGAAAAAAAAUGAUGGUACAGAAGGUGACAUUAACUUAUUAUCUGGAAAAACAGGAAAUGCCAUUGGAAGUUCGUUACCGUUACCACAAGGUCAUGAUGGUAGCAGUGUCCUUGCAAUUUACACUCCAUCAACUGCACAUCAGUUUGUAAUUGUUGGCUCAGUCUCGAAGGAGAAAAAGAAUUCAUCAUUAUGGGCGAUGUCUUUACAUGACUUAUCAGAGAAAGUGAGAGAUCCGACGAAGGAGUUUUCAGGUGAAUCAUGGGGAAAGCAUCAGCCUGAUCCGGAGAGUGGUUUUAUUUCCAUUAUAAAAGAUUCACUCGUACUGGUGCAACCUUUACUAACAGACCUUGAUGGUGAUAGUGUGAAAGAUAUUGUAUUUCUUAUAAGAGAAAAUGGUACUUCUCUUCUGGCCAGGAAUGGAAGUGAUCUGACAGUGAUGUGGAAGACAGCCUUACCAUCAGACGGUUCUAUUCAUAAGUAAGCGAAAUUAUAGUUACAACAAUCAUAAUAUUUAUAUUAGUACCGGUAAUAAUAGUAAAUUAUUGAUGUUAAGACAUGAUAACCCCUUAGUAAUCAAGAAGCUUGAUGUAUUUAUUGAUAAUUAAAAAUAAUUGAUCUGGUCAGAAUGGUCCAGAAUUUGAUCUUGUCUUUGGGCAGUAUAGUUUAACCUAGCCUGUACAUGGACGUUGUUUUAUUUUCUUCUCAUUCUUUUCGAAAACAUCUGCAAGUGCGUGAGAGCGAGCUUGAAGCGCGGGAACAAGUGCAGAGAGCGAGAAAUAAAAAUAAAAAUAAAUGUUUAUUGAGUCAACUCCUCAUCAUUAUCUCCUCUGGGUUCGCAUUACCAAUUAAAUUGGACCAAUGAUAUUGGAGGUAUAAAUUGCUUGUGUAAUUGGCUUAAGCAUUUUACAACAUUUAAAUGACACUCAAAGUCGUGUGUUUGUUGAAGAAUGUCUUUUCAGACUGCUUCAAUGCUGAAAAAGCCAGUUUAAAGAUGUUGGCCCAUCGUAAUAUUGUAGGAUAUUAUCCCAUUCCCGUAAAGCUACAGAGAAUCUUUUUACUGAGACUGUUCGUCAAGGUGCUACAAAACGAAACUUGGCGGAUGAUUUAAGAGAUCUUGAUUUUACCGUUUCACAAACAACAAAAACAGAAAAAUAGUGGAAAUUGAAAAGGUAAAUCCUAUUUAGGACUACACUCACCUGGACAAUCGUAUUCCACCUUCUCAUCUGUAUGUAGUAAGUACUGUUUUAUGAAUUUUCUAUGGUUUAAUUUUCAGGUUAUUGCAAUCCCAGCACCUAUCUAAAGAGAACUCUUCAGAUGUUGUUGUGUUCAUUGAAUAUGCUAACCAUUCCUCUUCACUGCUGGUCAUUGAUGGUCCAACAGGAAAACUAAGCUGGAUAUUUCACAGCAAGAGUGGUCUGCCUGUGGCACCAGUCCCUGUUCCUAGUGUCCUUGGCAUGCCACAGGCUUUUGUGAUAUGGCUGCCAAAGGUAGAGUCUAAGGUGCUGAUUCCUAAAGAACAAGCGGUGAGCCAAAUCCAAGAAGAGAGUUUUGAUGACCAGAAUAAUGGCAGUAGAAGUGCUGAUGGACACGAAAAACACGAUAAGAUGCCAAGACGUAAGCGCCACGUUGAUGAUGAUGUGAUUUCUGAGUCAGACCAUGCUGCUUUUUCUGAAUGGAAGUAUCUUCACAAUUUUUUUCAUUAUGAUGAUGAUAAUGAUGAUGACGAGGUCGAGGAGGAAGAUGUUGAUUCUGAUGAUGAUUAUGAUGAUGGCAAUGAUGAUGGUGAAGCAUUUAAUGAACCUGAUCUUGGACUGGAGGAUGAUACUUACAGUUUGCCACUUUCCCAGAAAACAUUUUUUGACAAAGAUAUACAAGACAAAGUUGACAAUGUGUUGGAGAAAGAGCUCCAUGUUUUCCUUGAGAGAGUCUACAAUAAGAAACCAGCUUUUCCUGUCACUGUAGCAGAGGUCAAUCCUCAAAAAGAGAGGUUUGAUGUCAUGGCAGAUCCAGACUUUGACAGAAGUGAACUAGAGUGGGAGCUAAGUGACCUUACCACCGGAAGAGAUCAUGAGCCAACAGGAAACCAUGAAAAGAAAGUUGUGAUUCAAAAACACAGUCAAAAGAAUGAUAAAAUCUUACCCAGUGCUUCAAAUAAACCUGAGAUCUUAUCUAGCCUGCAGAGGAAAACUGGGGCCUCACAUGGCAGUCAAAACAGUGAAGAUAUCUCAGUGAGAGGUAAAGCCAAAAAUGACAUCUUAGCAGCUAUUCAAAAGAAAGAAAUGAAGUUUUCUAAUCAUGACAAUGAUGACACCUUAAGAAUGAAUCAUGAGGUGGCAGCUAAUGCUUUUGUUCCAAGAGUUCACUCCAUUCCAAAGAACCCUUUUGAGUCAACAGUAGAAAACAUAGAGGCUGAUGUCCAAGAAGCAUCAAUGAGUGAUAUGAUGCAAAACAGUCCACUUCUAACAGAAAGUGACGAAAAGGAGAACUCUGUGCCAGAACCAGUCAAAAAGCCAUCCUAUCACAAGAGAUCUGUACAGGGGUCAUUACAGUGUACCCAGGGUUCUGAUGAUGAUGCAGAUACUUAUGUGGCUCUGCUGUUGCUAAGAGCUAGUCCUGGAGGACAGCACAUUGCUGAGAUUACAGAAGAAAAACCACUUUACUUAGGUAAGGAUUAAAAACACAGUUUAUAAUCAUUGUAACUAUGAUUAUAAUCUUGAACAAGUUUAAAUUCUAAAUUUAUUUACUUGUGUAAUGUCACUUGUCAUGAGAAGUAAUUAAAAGGUCAAAGAUGAUAGUCCAGAUUUGUUCAUCUUUUUCAUCGACAAUUUUUGCAAGCAGUUAAUGUACAUAGGAUGAUUUGGUGCUUUUCGUACUGUUUAAAAAAUGAGCAGGAGUGUAUUUAACAGGCUUCAAAACUUGAGGCGAAGCCAAGAGUUUUUACACCUGAUAAUACACUCCUCCUAUUUUUUUUUUAACAGCUUUGAAAUCUCUGGUAUAGAUCAACUUAUUCUUGCACUCGUCUAAUAUUUAGAUCUGGGAUGGUUUUGGUCUAAAAAAUUGGAUGUAAAGUUUAGCCAUGUCUUUAUCACAUAUAAAGACACUCAUUAAACAUUACCGUGUGGCAGGAAAUUUUUGCGGGAGUUUAUUUUUGCGGAUCGGCGAUUUUUUGUGUUUUGCGGGAACUAAUUUUUGCAAUUAGAACAGAUUGGUUUUUCUUGCUGGGAAUUACUUAAAUUUGUGAUUUUCAGAAAGUACCCAGUACCUACCCUGUAGCAUUGAUAAUAUUUUCGUUUUUGUUGAGUACGUGCAAUAAUACAUAUUUUCAAAAACUAAACCAGUAUUUCGUUGUAAACCAUUUUGUCUCUGAAUGAAAGAGAUAAGUUGUGAUUGAACAGACACAAUUUCUUAGUACUGUAUUUUUGUGUAGCGAAUUUAAGUUAGAGAAUAUUCACUCUGGAGUAAAUUUUUGCGGGAAAAGUGUUUGCGGUAAUUUUUAUUUGUGGAAAUGUAUUUUUGUGGAUCGCUGGAAAAAUCGCAAAAAUCCCAAAAAUUAGAACCUACAAAAAUUUUGUGCAACACAGUAAUUUCUUUUGUUAGUUCAUUAUGAAUGAUUUAAUAUGGAUAAGAUAAUUAUUGCUUGUGAUGUCAGUACGGGGCUCAUUUUAUUUGGGACUGUUUUUUUGCCAGUUGUGUUGACCAGCCAAAGAAAUUUUAGCUGGGUCAUGUCUCUCUUCUGACUGGUCAAAUGUUGAAAAUAACACAGUAACUUGAACAAACUAGCCUAACCACCAAAAACAUAAUGUGAAAGAAGAUACUUGUCCCCUUGAAACAUAGUGACAAGUGUGAACAUUUUUGGUCCCUUAUUAAAAUACAUGUCUGGUCAAAACGACUGGCAAAGUGAUAGUUUGUGUGGCAAAAUAAUGGUCAUCUUGGCCUGUCAUUGGCCCAAGACUGGCCAUUGUUUUGAUCUGCUUUACUGCAGUAAGGCUAUACUUUUGUUUUCAAUUUUCUAGUAGGAUUCUGUGAAUAUUAUUUUGUAAAGAGUUUAUCUCUAGACCAGUUUUUUCCCCCAUUGCAGCAGGCUCGAUUACCAGCUGUGGUUCAGCAUCAGAGACCCGACUCGGGAGACUGUGGAAAUCGAGCCUACCAUUGCAGGGCUGCGACAUGAAUAUGCCUUAAAUAUAUGUUCAACUGUACUUUAUGUUAGAAGUUUGCCUAUGCUUGCAUCUCUUCCCAUUUAAUAUUGAAUUGUUCUGUGUGAACAAAGUGUCUGAUCAAAGUUUUCAGCUGGUUGAAAAUUUGUCCUGUGCCAUGUUAACAUGGUUUUCGAUCAAACAUGGGAUGGUGUUGUCUUCCAUUUUAAUAUAGUACAUGACUGUAUAGGAAUCACGUAAUCAAUUUAUGUUAACACAGGAGCGAGGACAUAUUGUUCUUAUAAAUUCUGUAGCCACAAAGUAGGUAUUACUGUUGGCAGACAUUUUGCAACUUUUUUGCAUCAUUUUAUCUUGCAGAUGCAAUGGAAUAUGGAAGUCUGUUCAACUUCAAGGGUGAUGGCAAGCUGACACCUUGUUUGCGGUUUUCACCCCGUCUCAUGUCUGAGCCUGUGAUAAGAGAGACAGAGGAGGGACUGGAUCUUGUCUAUUCUGUCAGUUUUAUUUCCGAAGAUCUCUCCUUACAUAUAGGAAAAGUUAGAAAGAUUUCUAUGGAACAAGUGUUUGAAAAGCUGAAAAGCAAGAAAAUUAUUGUAAAAAAUGAAAAAAGGCAAUUGAAAAGAGAAAGUAAUAAUAAUUAUUAUUCUUUUAGUUUUCCUAGAAAUAUGAAAUAAUAGUGGUUAUUAAUAUUACCUGUUCAUGGGUAAAGACAAGAUUUAGUCUAUUUUGUUUUCAGCUGGAAGACUUGUAAUAAUAUUGAUAUGGGAAACAGUUUUAUUGUUACUUUUUUGCUACUAGCGCUGGCCGUAAGUCAUUAUAGAGAAAUCUGUAGCAGUUGUCUUGGUUAAUUUUUUUUAAAAGUUUCUUGAAUAUUGCAUAUGAAAAAAUCGAUGGCCCAAAUACAGUACAGUACAGUUUAAAUCCUCCAAGAUAGUAAACCUGUUACCAUGGCUAUACUUAUUUUUAUGAAUUUUUUUUUUUAUCUUAUAUAAUUUUUUCUUGUCAGAGGCCCGAACAAGUAACUUUGUAUAGAUGAAUUGAAUGAAGCCUGAUAAGCUGGCUGAUUAUCAGGGCAAGAGCAAAUUAAUUAAGUGGC